AUGAGUGAUAAUUCUGUAAGUUCCAUAAAAAGGUUUAAAGAAAUAACUAAAAUGAUUGAGACUACUUUAAGCCAGAAUAAUAGAGUAAAAAAUAUUAUGACAAGUGAAUUGUAUUUGAAGAAAAAAUGUGAAGCAUCCUUAGAAACUAUUGAACAUACGACCAAUCAACAACAGUGUUAUAAGAAGGUUUCUAAAAUUUUUAUAAAAAAAUCAAAAGACGAGUUGAAAAAUGAAAUGAAUGAUGAAAUUGCUCAAUAUGAUAAGCAUUAUCCUUAUUUAGAAGAGAUAAGAAAAAAACUUGUUGAUAAAUUAGCAAAUCUAAAAGAGCAAUAUGUACAAGCUUAUGAUAGUAUAGAAAAGGAAGCAAAUAACAAUUCUUAA